AUUUUAUUGAGCUUUUUAAAUAACUAGCUUUUGUAUCCAUUUAUUUUUCUCUAUUUUACUGUUUUCAAUUACAUUGAAAUCCAUUGAUUUCUGCUCUUUAUUAUUAUCUUCGUGCUGUUUGCUUUGAGUUUAUCUUACUCUUCUUCUUUGCCCAGUUUCUUAAGGUGGAAUCUUUUCAAUUUAAAACUUUUCUUCUUCCUCUUCUUCUUCUUCUUCUUCUUCUUCUUCUUCUUCUUCUUUUUAAGUUUAUUUAUUUUUGAGAGAGAGAGAGUGAGCAUGCAAGUGGGGGAGGGGCAGAGAGCGAGGAAGAGAGAGGAUCUCAAGCAGGUGCUGCACUGUCAUCACAGAACCCUAUGUUAGGCUCAAACUCACCAACCAUGAGUUCAUCACCUGAGCUGAAAUCAGGAGUUGGGUGCUCAACCAACUGAGCCACCCUGGUGCCCCUCUUUUUCAUUUCUCAUAUAGGCAUUUAAUGCCAUUAAUUUCCAUCUAAACACUAUGUUGAUUGCAUCAUACUAAUUUUGGUAUGUUGUAUUUAUUUUCAUUUUCUAAUUUCCUUUGAGCCUUCUUUGAUCCAUUGGUUAUUUAGAUAUGUAGUUGAAUUCUUAUUUUAGGGAUUUUUUGGGAGGUAUUUUUCCUUUACUUAUUAAUAGCUUAGUUCCAUUAGAUAACCUAUUUUGUAUUUUUUUUAGUUCUUUUAAUUCUUUAAAUUUUGUUAAGGCUUGUUUUAUUUUGGUGAAUGUUUCAUUGUACACUUGGAAGGAAUGUGUAUGCCUCUGUGGGUCGUUGGAAUAAUUUGUUUUGAAUGGAAAGGGAAAAUGUUUUAACUUUUUAAUAAGAUUAGACCUUAAAUCCUAAUUCCUUGAAGCCAGUAGGGUAAUAGAAAAGGAUAUUGGUGGGGGGCACGUGGGUGGCUCAGUUGGCUAAGCGACAGACUUUUGAUUUCGGCUCAGGUCAUGAUCUCACCGUUUGUGGGAUGGAGCUCCACGUUAGGAUCUGCGCUGGCAGUUCAGAGCCUGUUUGGGAUUCUCUCUUUCCCUCUCUUUCUGUCUCCCCACCCCCACUCAUGCUGGCUUGUGCACACUCGCUCGCUCUCAAAAUAAAUAAAUUAGAAACUUAAAAAAAAAGAAAGAAAGAAAAGGAUCUUGGGGAUCUUGGGAUUCACAAUACUUGGUUUUAGAUAGGCUGCCUUUUGCUAUUUAUAUUAUUUCAGAUAAAUUCUUUUGGGCUUUUGUUUUCUCUAGUUGUUAAAUAGUAUUGAUACAUUUGAUUUUGUGAAAUUCUUCUUUUCUUUAAAAUUGUACGCAUCAAGUUUUAUAGUACCAGGUUUAAGGUUAAUAGGUUUAUUCUUUACUCCUUUUUUCGGUUAUUGUAUCAUUCUUUUCCUCAUUUUUAAAAACUUAGUCUGAAUAGUGUAGUUUUAGGGAUUAUAUGAGAUGUUAGGACCCUGUAAAGUUUCAAUCUAUUGUAGAAUCUGCCAGUUGCAGAUAUCAAGGUAGCAGUUUAUGUUUCUAGAUAAAGGCCAUGUUUCUGGAAAGGGUUUAGAAUUCUCACAGUGGUUGUAUAUGUCACUGCAAUAAAGUGAUCAGUUGGGGCUUGUGUUGACUUAAGGAGUGUGAAAAUGAUGGUGAAAGAUAUAUAAGGCACAAGCUUCGAAAGAAGUACAUUGUAAAAAUUGGCAAUUUACAAGAACUUAUGAGGAGUUUAGAAAUACUUGUAAGGUUUGUGGGAAUGUUGAAGAAUAUGGUGGGGGCUUAACUUUAUAAAAGAGUAUUUGUGUAGCGAAAAGGAUUAUAUAUAAAAUGUAGAUGAUUUACAACAAAACUUGUAUUUCGUAGUGUUGUAGCAGCUGGGACAAGUCAGAUAUUUUAAAGAUACCAUGAAUUUACUUUUUAAAUUUGUAAAUAGUGUCUAUGGUAAUCAGAAUGUUGAGGGAUUCUGGGGCACCUGGGUGGCUCAGUCGGUUGAGUGUCCAACUUCGGCUCAGGUCAUGAUCUUGCAGUCCAUGAGUUUGAGCCCCAUGUCAGGUUCUGUGCUGAUAGCUUGGAGCCUGGAGCCUGCUUCCGAUUAUGUGUCUCCCUCUCUCUCUGCACCUCCCCUGCUCAUACUCUGUCUCUGUCUCUCUCAAAAAUAAAAUAAACAUUAAAAAAAAAUGUUGAGGGAUUCCUUUCAAACUCUUUGAAGUAUUGUUUAAGCAUUUCUUUGCAGUUUUGAAGCAAUCAGGCAAGAUGCUUCAGAGGAUAAAUACUGAGUGCUGUGUCUUCUUUGUUCAGGAAAUAGAAAUGCAACAUGAGAUUUUUAAAGUGUAAAUUUACAUCUUUUGCAGAAAAUGUGAUGGGGUGAAGGUUUUUGAAAACAUUUGAAGGUUGUACUGGGAUUCACUUCUGUAUAAGGUGGAGAUAACACUGUUGAUUUGUACUGGGUUGAUUUGUGAAAUAUUGUAAUUAGGCUAAAUUGAAUGGGUGAUGGGUAAUUUGAGAAACGAUUUCUAAUGUUUGUUCCAGGUUAUUCAAGAUCUGAUCUUUCUAACUACUUACAACUUUUGACUAGCUGAGAUCCUGCUUUUUUUAUAUUCAUCACCAGUCUACCUCUUGCUUUUCCACCUACAAAAUUAAAAUAGAAAACAACAAAAAAUAACAGUAUAUAGGGAAUAAUAAAUAAUAUAGGGAAAUAUAUCAUUAGCAUAACAUAUAUAAAUAAGUAUAUUUAAAGAUGCAAGAUUUUCAAAUACAAAUAUUUGCAUGGUUAUAGUUCAUGAGCAAUCUUUAUUAAAUUUGUUGCUAGGUGAACGGUAUGUAGUCACUGAAUUCAUUCAUUCUGUGUCUCUUUUGUUUUAGGGGAAGACUGUUCUACUUACAUCCUUAUUGUCCUCUUUGGGAUCUUUAGUAUUACUGGAAAUUAUAGUUAGGGAAUCUCAACCAGCAGAGGGAUUUUUAACAGGCUGCCUAAGUAUUUGGAUUACUUCCUUAGGAUAGAUUGCCAGAAGUGGAGUUACUGGGUCAGAGGAAUGUGAAAUCCUUUGCAUCUUCUGAUAGUCUAGCCAAGGUCCAAGAAGUAGCAAGCUGGCUUUUGGAAAUGAAUCAGGAACUGCUCUCUGUGGGCAGCAAAAGACGACGAACUGGAGGCUCUCUGAGAGGUAACCCUUCCUCAAGCCAGGCAGAUGAGGAGCAGAUGAACCGCGUGGUAGAGGAGGAACAGCACCAGCAGCAGCAGCAGCAGCUCCGACAACAAGAGGAGGAGCACACCGCAAGGAAUGGUGAAGUCAUCCGAGCAGAACCUAGGCUUGGAGACCAGAACGACUCCCAGCAAGGACGGUUGGAAGAAAACAACAAUCGAUUCAUUUCGGUAGAUGAGGACUCCUCAGGAAAUCAGGAAGAACAAGAAGAGGACGGAGAACAUGCUGGUGAGCAAGAUGAGGAGGAUGAAGAGGAAGAGGAAAUGGACCAGGAGAGUGAUGAUUUUGAUCAGUCUGAUGACAGUAGCAGGGAAGAUGAACAUACACAUAGUAACAGUGUCACAAACUCCACUAGUAUCGUGGACCUGCCUAUUCACCAACUCUCCUCCCCGUUCUAUACAAAGACAACAAAAAUGAAAAGAAAAUUGGACCAUGGUUCUGAGGUCCGCUCUUUUUCUUUGGGAAAGAAACCAUGCAAAGUCUCAGAAUAUACAAGUACCACUGGACUUGUACCAUGUUCAGCAACACCAACAACUUUUGGAGACCUGCGAGCAGCCAAUGGCCAAGGGCAACAACGACGUCGAAUUACAUCUGUCCAACCACCUACAGGCCUCCAGGAAUGGCUGAAAAUGUUUCAGAGCUGGAGUGGACCAGAGAAAUUGCUUGCUUUAGAUGAACUUAUUGAUAGUUGUGAACCAACACAAGUAAAACAUAUGAUGCAAGUGAUAGAACCCCAGUUUCAACGAGACUUCAUUUCCUUGCUCCCUAAAGAGCUGGCACUUUAUGUGCUUUCAUUCCUGGAACCCAAAGACCUGCUACAAGCGGCUCAGACUUGUCGCUACUGGAGAAUUUUGGCUGAAGACAACCUUCUCUGGAGAGAGAAAUGCAAAGAAGAGGGUAUUGAUGAACCAUUGCACAUCAAGAGAAGAAAAGUAAUAAAACCAGGUUUCAUACAUAGUCCAUGGAAAAGUGCAUAUAUCAGACAGCACAGAAUUGAUACUAACUGGAGGCGAGGAGAACUCAAAUCUCCUAAGGUUCUGAAAGGACAUGAUGAUCAUGUGAUCACAUGCUUGCAGUUCUGUGGUAACCGAAUAGUUAGUGGUUCUGAUGACAACACUUUAAAAGUUUGGUCAGCGGUCACAGGCAAAUGUCUGAGAACAUUAGUGGGACACACAGGUGGAGUAUGGUCAUCACAGAUGAGAGACAAUAUCAUCAUUAGUGGAUCUACAGAUCGGACUCUAAAAGUGUGGAAUGCAGAGACCGGAGAAUGUAUACACACCUUGUAUGGGCAUACUUCCACUGUCCGUUGUAUGCAUCUCCAUGAAAAAAGAGUUGUUAGCGGUUCUCGAGAUGCCACUCUUAGGGUUUGGGAUAUUGAGACAGGCCAGUGUUUACAUGUUUUGAUGGGUCAUGUAGCAGCAGUCCGCUGUGUUCAAUAUGAUGGCAGGAGGGUUGUUAGUGGAGCAUAUGAUUUUAUGGUGAAGGUGUGGGAUCCAGAGACUGAGACCUGUCUACACACGUUGCAGGGGCAUACUAAUAGAGUCUAUUCAUUACAGUUUGAUGGUAUCCAUGUGGUGAGUGGAUCUCUUGAUACAUCAAUUCGAGUUUGGGAUGUGGAGACGGGGAAUUGCAUUCACACGUUAACGGGACACCAAUCGUUAACAAGUGGAAUGGAACUCAAAGACAAUAUUCUUGUCUCUGGGAAUGCAGAUUCGACAGUUAAAAUCUGGGAUAUCAAAACAGGACAAUGUUUACAAACAUUGCAAGGUCCUAACAAGCAUCAGAGUGCUGUAACCUGUUUACAGUUCAACAAGAACUUUGUAAUUACCAGCUCAGAUGAUGGAACUGUAAAACUAUGGGACUUGAAAACGGGUGAAUUUAUUCGAAACCUAGUCACAUUGGAGAGUGGGGGGAGUGGGGGAGUUGUGUGGCGGAUCAGAGCCUCAAACACAAAGCUGGUGUGUGCAGUUGGGAGUCGGAAUGGGACUGAGGAAACCAAGCUGCUGGUGCUGGACUUUGAUGUGGACAUGAAGUGAAGAGCAGAAAAGACUAAUUUGUCCAAAUGUGUAGACGAUAUACUCCCUACCCUUCUCCGUGGAAAAAAAAAAAAAAAAAAAAAAAAAAAAAGAAAAACAGAAAAAAAGAGAAAAAAAAGAAAGAAAAAAGAAAAGAAAAAGAAAAAAUAUCCCUUGUUCUCAGUGGUGCAGGAUGUUGGCUUGGGGCAACAGAGCGAAAAGAUCUACAGACUAAGAAGGAAAAGAGGAAGACAUGACAAACCGUAACUGACAAGAGAGGCGUCCGCUGUCUCAUCACAUAAAAGGCUUCACUUUUGACUGAGGGCAGCUUUGCAAAAUGAGACUUUCUAAAUCAAACCAGGUGCAAUUAUUUCUUUAUUUUCUUCUCCAGUGGUCAUUGGGCAGCGUUAAGGCUGAAGCUUCGUUACAGAUUCUGCUAGCCUGUCCUUUUACCACUGAGACCUAGAAAGGAGCUGCAAUAACAUCCAAACAAGGACUGGCUGACUUUCUAAUUAGAGAGCAUCUGCAACAAAAAGUCAUUUUUCUGGAGUGGAAAAGCUAAAAAAAAAAAAAAAUUACUGUGAAUUGUUUUUGUACAGUUAUCAUGAAAAGCUUUUUUUUUUUUUUUUUUUUUUUUGCCAACCAUUGCCAAUGUCAAUCAAUCACAGUAUUAGCCUCUGUUAAUCUAUUUACUGUCGCUUCCACAUACACUCUUCAAUGCAUAUGUUGCUCAAAGGUGGCAAGUUGUCCUGGGUUCUGUGAGUCCUGAGAUGGAUUUAAUUCUUGAUGCUGGUGCUAGAAGUAGGUCUUCAAAUAUGGGAUUGUUGUCCCACCCCUGUACUGUACUCCCAGUGGCCAAACUUAUUUAUGCUGCUAAAUGAAAGAAAGAAAAAAGCAAAUUAUUUUUUUUUAUUUUUUUUCUGCUGUGACGUUUUAGUCCCAGACUGAAUUCCAAAUUUGCUCUAGUUUGGUUACAGAAAAAAGACUUUUUGCCACUGAAACUUGAACCAUCUGUGCCUCUAAGAGGCUGAGAAUGGGAGAGUUUCAGAUAAUAAAGAGUGAAGUUUGCCUGCAAGUAAAGAAUUGAGAGUGUGUGCAAAGCUUAUUUUCUUUUAUCUGGGCAAAAAUUAAAACACAUUCCUUGGAACAGAGCUAUUGCCGCCUGUUCUGUGGAGAAACUUUUCUUUUUUGAGGGCUGUGGUGAAUGGAUGAACGUACAUAAGAAAACUGACAAAAUAUUUUAAGAAUAUAUAAAACAAAAUAAAGUUGCUGGUCAGUCUUAGUGUUUUACAGUAUUUGGGAAAACAACUGUUACAGUUUUAUUGCUCUGAGAAACUGACAAAGCAGAAACUAUUCAGUUUUUGUAGUAAAGGCGUCACACGCAAACAAACGAAAUGAAUGAAAAAGUCAAAUGGUUUGCCUCAUUCUCCAAGAGCCACAACUCAAGCUGAACUGUGAAAGUGGUUUAACACUGUAUCCUAGGUGAUCUUUUUUUCCUCCUCCUGUUUAUUUUUUUUUGUUUUAUUUAUAGUCUGAUUUAAAACAAUCAGAUUCAACUUGGUUAAUUUUAGUUAUGUAACAACCUGACAUGAUGGAGGAAAACAACCUUUAAAGGGAUUGUGUCUAUGGUUUGAUUCACUUAGAAAUUUUAUUUUCUUAUAACUUAAGUGCAAUAAAAUGUGUUUUUUCAUGUUA